AUGGCGGGCAAGAAAAAAGGCGGCAAAGGAAAAAAGGGAAAAGGUAAAAAGGGAAAGGGGAAAGCAGCCAAAUUAGUACCUCCAGCAGCUGCGCCAAAGCUCGAUGAAGGAACUAAAAUAUUCUACCUUGUGCAGAUUCGAAACCUCGAGGAGAGAGUUUGGAGAUACCAGAAAAGGUGCGAUGAACUGGAGGUCGCCAACAGUCAGUUUCAUGAAAAGUUUGAGCAGAUGGCCACAGAUAAAAAGGAGAUUGUGGCUUUCUGGAAAAAACAGCUUGAACAAAAAACGGAUGAAAUUGCCGACUUGACCGAUCGACAUAUUGGUCUUCAACAAACAAGGGACAACGAAAGAGAGACCUUUAAGAAACAAAUUCAGGAGCAGAGAACUGAAUACCAAGAAAUGAAGGACCAGCUGACUGCAGAAAACAUGAUAUUAAGUGGUAAACUUGCAUCCCUGGAGGAGUUUAAGGUGCAGAGGGAAGAGCUAAUGGCCAGGUUUGCCCAGAUGGAGGAAGAGCUAUCCCGGAGGGAAUCAGAAAACAAGGAGAACUUGUAUAUGUUGGAAAAGAAGGCUGUGAUGGACAAGGAUAGGCUAAAAAAAGAAAUGAUUCUUCGAGUGAACCAGGUGGCUGCCGAGUUCAGGAAGGUCAGCAAUAAGCAGAUGGCGGAGACAACCAAGAGAACAAUCCGAGAAAAUGUCUCCAUUAAUGCACAGCUGGCCAAAAUGUCUGAUAAGACAAUUGAGCUAAUUCAAGAAAAUGAUGAUCUCAGAGAAAAGGGGAGGCAGCAUCAACAGCAGAUUGAGAUCCUGGAAGCCAAUGAGAAGGAGAUGAGCAGGAAGAAUUCUAACAAUGCUAAGCUGAUCCGAAUGAUGACAGAAAAAUGCAAAGAACAAGAAACACUGUUGAGGAGCUAUGAGUUCAGAGAGCAUGAGUACAAGGAGCUUGCCGCCAACACAGAAACACUUCAGCAUCAGAUUACCACCCUCAGUGAACAGCUGAAUAAUCUUCAAAGUGAGCUUGUAACUUUAGCACUAGAAAAGAAACAGUUUGAAGAAAUGUAUUACACGGAAUUGAAUGUCAGGAACAAAACAGAGGAGGUGCUGGUAGAAGCUGCUGAUGCCAUCAAGGCUGCUUUGGCGAGAACAUCACCUGAUGAUGAAGAUUUAGAUGAGGAUAAAACAAUCACUAAUCUUCGUAAGAGAGACCACAUGCUUGAAAGUCUCCUGGUACUGUUGAACAGUGCAGCAGCCCUGGGUAUUGGGCCCAAACCAAAAGAUCUCGGAAAACAGUGGGAGGAACCAUCACCGGUGAUGGGAAAUGUGCCCGGAGUCAGAAAAGGAAUUCUCAAAGGGGAUUUCCCCUUGUCCCCACUGGCUAAGGAUGGCAGCCUGUCUCACUAUACUCUGGGCGAUCUUGGACUGAUACCACGACCAAGCCAGCAGAUUUCUACAAAUGUGGACAAGAUGAAGGCAAUCUCCCAAGCUGUACAGCUGAGGUCCUUGAGGGGCGUCUUGCAAAAGUCUGUUGCUACACAGACUGUCAGUGCACCCAAGGCUCUGUUCUAUGCUGACCAGUUAAGUGGCAGGACCUCAACUCAACCGUCCGCUGUGAAAGACAUACUGCGACCCCCUCAUGGAGCUUCACCACUGCCGGUCCCAAAGAAACUUGUCAGCAGUGUCAACUAA